CGGAACCUCACACAGCCCGAAUUAAUCAUUCACUCGUCUUGCCAGAACCCCCAACACAUCCUUUCGUACCAUACGCUACGUCGACGUCGACCCAAGACAAAAAAAAAAUGAAGAACCUCGCCGCUCUCGUUGUCGCCGUCUUGUUGCUACCCUUUGCGACCGCUUUGCCAACGCCCAACCCAGUCCGAGCCGAUGGACUUGUUCCCCAGGAGCUGCAAGAUAGUGCUCAACCUAGCGGACUUGCAUGAGUUUGACAAAUGAUCGACUGGAUGGCAUUGGGCUGGGAGGCCUUUUGGCUUAGAACCCGGACAAUAAGAAUCAUUGGAUAUAGGGUCUGCCUGGUUGGAGCGAUGGGAGGACCAUAUUGGAGGUAAUAACCAGCAUAAAGGAAAGAACAUUGAUUCACUAGAACACUGUCAAAAUGAGAGAGAUAUCGAUAUUGUUGGU